AUGUUGUCUUUUAGCGGUGGAGUAACAGGAGCCAUGAUAUCGCAAACAACUAUAGGUAGUUUUAAUCUACAAACACCAGAUGCUCCCAUAUCUGACGUCACAUCUAUAUUAAAACCAACUGAAAAUGGACAGCGAUGUUCAUUACCAUAUCAAAUAGGCUCUAAUCAAUGGGACAUGUAUUUUUGUUACACCGGUACUUGUUUAACAUCGCCUAAUGUCUAUGGUAACUGUACGAUAGGAAGGUAUGGUGUAGUAAAACUAGGAAGCACUGCAAUAAAGUCAUAUCAGAUAAAAGCUGGAUCAAAAGGUAUAAAUGGCGUAAACAAACAAUGUUUGAUAUAUUAUUAUUAUAUGUCUAAUGCUACACAAAAGAGUAUUACAGUGCGUAAAGUUGAAACAAAUGGUGAAGACGAAACAAUUGACUAUGUAACAAGCAGUCCAUAUAAUGGAUGGAUCAAACAAGAAGUGACAUAUAAUGCGAAAGCAAGUGGUUAUAACAUAUUCUUUGACGUUGUAAAGACUGUGACAGAUAGCUAUGCACCAACUGUGGCUUUUGAUGAACUUUCCAUCAGUCAAGGAGAUUGUGAAAAAUCAAUCACAACAGAAGUAACAACUGAGAUAACGAGGAGUUCAGCGACUUCUACCUUGCAAACGUCAACUACGUCUUCAACAACUAUUUUCACACGUACAACGGUUAAGACUACAACCACAAGGACAGCUUCAUUAUCACAAACAACGGUAAAGACGACAGUAAAAACAGCAUCAGCAACAAAAACAACGUUUCCAAUAUCGACGAACACACCAGCAACUACAUCCUACACAUCUGAAAUUCCAGUAUCGACUUCAAUUUCAGAAAAUUACACAACAAUAGGAGAGGAGAAUCAACCUGAACUUAACAAUAAAACUUUAACUAUCGUACUGGCAACGGUCAUACCUACUGUUUCAAUUAUAGUUAUUGGCUUUGUUGUCUGGAUGAAGAUGUCAUCGUCGGCAUCGUCAAGUAUUAUUUGUAAUUAUGAUACUCAUACUAUCGCAACAGGCUGUCUACUCCCUGUGGGUGUUCGCGGAAUGCUUGUCUCCGAUAAAGCUGCAAAUCCUGAUGCAGAACCACCCACUGCACCACUUUCUGAUGUUACAUCAAGCCUCAUGCCAACCGAAAAUGGACAAAACUGUACUCUACCCUACAAACUCACCCCAUUUACUUGGGACAUGUACUUCUGUAACAAUAGUUAUUGCCAAACACAGUCCGAUACGAAUGCAAAAUGCCAACCAGGGAAAUUCGGCUAUUUUAACUUCGGAGCACCCGAAGGUCCCCUAUCAUUCGUUCUCAACACUGACACAGGUGGCACCAAUGGCACUGGUCAUCAAUGUUUGAGUUACUUCUACUAUCUUCCCACGAUUAAUGGGACGCAGCAGAACAUCAAGAUUCGAAUCAAGGCAAAAGAUGGUGAUAGUGAAACGAUCGAUCAAGUGAUGAGUAGUCCACACAAUGGGUGGAAUGAGCGUCGAGUGUCAUUCGUGACAACAAAGGGUGGAUAUGAAAUGUACUUUGAUUUACAGAAGACAUCAGGAAAAGCAACUCCAUUGAGUAUUAUAGCAAUCGAUGAAAUCUUAGUUCGUACAGGAAGGUGUGAAGACGAACCCGUGACUCUGUUCACAAGUGUGACGACCACCAGCACAACAGCAAUGAGAACUACAGAGACAUCAAGCAUACAGACAACCACUACUGAGUUAACCACCACUACUACAACUGCAUUCAUAACAACCGAACCUGCAAGUACAACAUUGUUAAUCACAACCACAAUAUCAUCUACAGUCAGUACUACUCCAGCGAUCAUAUUAACGUCAACAACAACAACAACGACGUCGACGACAACAACAACAACAACAACAAAAACUAGCACCACUAUUCCAACGACUGUUUCAACAACACGUGAGACAACCACUACUGAUGUUAUUUCCACAAAGAAAACCACAACUACUAAGCAACCGACGACCAAGCCUAUUACUACCACAAUUGUUAGAAAUUCUACAUUAAGUUUGAUCAUGCCUUUCACAACAGCUUCAAUAGAAGACAAAAAACCUAAUGGAUCAUCCAAAACAGGAUUGAUCGUCGGGUUAGCCUGUGGUGUUCCAGUUGGGCUCAUCGCUAUUGUUGGUAUCGGUAUUUGGAUACAAAAAACAGCAGCUGGCGGCUUGCUUAGUGGCAUGUCGCAUCCGCUCAAUAACUCAUCUAAUAAACACGAACAGGGUAGUAUUGAACUUGAAGACUAUAUAACUGAUUAUUCUUUUUAA